CGUCUACGGAACGCCCAUUAGUCCAUAAAUGUUUGAGUCACUUGAGAACAGAACUUAUCAAGAGCACUUAUGAUUUCUAAGCCCCACCAGCAGCUACAUUCGGAGGUUUAAAUCCAGCGCCUGUUUACUUCUUCUGCGGUCAUGAGAGUCCUUAUAGGAGGGGGUAGUGGAUUUGUGGGCAGAGAGCUCACCCGCUUGCUCAGAAACAAAGGUCAUGAGGUCACAGUGAUAUCUAGGCAACCAGGUCCUGGAAAAAUAACAUGGAGUGACCUGGAGUCUAAGGGUCUCCCACCAUGCGAGGGAGCUGUCAACUUAGCUGGAGAGAAUGUUAUGAACCCUCUUCGAUGGUGGAAUGAAAGUUAUAAGAAGGACUUGUUCUCUAGCCGCAUCGACACCACCAAAGCUCUGUCUGAAGCCAUAGCUGCUGCAGCCAGCCCCCCUCACUGCUGGGUGCUGGUAUCUGGUGUAGCUUGCUACAAACCCAGUCUGACAGCAGACUACACGGAGAACAGCGAGUGGACGCCGUUCGAUCUCCUCUCUAGACUCGUCAAAGAGUGGGAGGCUGCCGCGCUCCUGCCACAGAGUGUGGCCAAAACCACCAGACAAGUCAUCGUUCGGCCCGGGGCAGUGCUGGGUCGGGACGGCGGUGCCAUGAAGCAAAUGCUGCUGCCAUUCUGGUUGGGCCUUGGCGGCACUCUGGGCUCUGGAAGUCAGCCGUUCCCCUGGAUCCACGUGUCGGACCUGGCAGGGAUUAUUGUCCACGCUCUGGAAGCCCCUACAGACUCGGCGCCUUCGCCUCAGGUGUACAACGGAGUUGCACCUGCUCUCAACACCAACUACGAGUUCACCAAGGAGUUGGGUCGGCUCAUGCGGCGGCCGACCAUCUUCCCUGUUCCUGCCUUCGCCAUGAACGCCCUGAUGGGCUCAGAGAGGGCCGUGAUUCUGACUCAAGGCCAGAGGGUCGUACCAGAGAGGACUUUAGAGUCUGGCUUCCAGUACCAGUACCCUGAUCUGACCUCAGCUCUGAAACAAAUCAUUGGAAGUUAACAGAGAAGACUUUUACACUCACACAGGGAGAAAGUGUCUUAAUCUGUCUGCAAAUUAAAGUUUUAGUUUGUACAUUUCAACCCAGACUACAGUGAACCAGAUUAAUGAAACACAACUUCACUGACUUCCUUUGUGAAUUAAAUUGUGUUGUUAUAAAUCUAUAAAACAACUAUUCAAAAAA